CUACAAUGAUUACAAUGAUUACCCAGAAACCUAUGACUUUUCAAACUACUCAUUGUGGAAUAUUAUUAACUCCACAUACUUCAACGAGAAUGAAUCAGGCUUUUGUGAUGCUGAAGAGUUCACCAUCAAAAUGUUCCAGACCUGCAUCUUCUGCCUGAUUUUCCUGUUGGGCGUGGCGGGUAACUGCCUGGUCAUAGCCACCUUUGUUUUUUCCCGCCGUUUCCGUCUUCGCUCCAUGACCGACGUCUUCCUGUUCCACCUGGCGCUGGCCGACCUUCUCCUGCUCCUCACACUCCCAUUGCAGGCUGUCGAUACGCACCUAGGCUGGAUCUUCCCUAAUGGCCUUUGCAAGGUUCUGCGUGUAUGCUACGCUAUCAACACAUACAGCGGGCUACUCCUGCUAGCCUGCAUUAGCGUUGACCGCUACAUUGUGGUGGCACGUGCCCAACAGAUGCACCGGCUGCGCAGUCGCAUUGUUACAGGCGGGAAAGUUGCCGCUGUUGCUGUGUGGUUUGUUGCUAUGCUCCUGAGUUUGCCUGAAAUCCUCUACUCUGGAGUGUUAGUGUCUUGGGAUAAAGCGUACUGCGGCAUGCUAAAGCGUGGAGCAGCCAAGAUGUCAACCAACGGAGCCAUCAUUGCUGUCUUCUGCCUGUCAUUCUUCAUUAUGGUGACAUGCUACUCUUUGAUAGCUCAAGUGCUGUGGGAAGGGAACAAAAAUCGGCGGGGGAAGCAGUGGCGUCGGCAGCGCACCCUGAAGCUGAUGGUAGCGCUGGUGGUGGUGUUUCUGGUGUUCCAGCUGCCGUACACUGUGGUGCUGUCGCGUAAAAUGGCGGGGCCGCUCUGCGCUCUGCUGCUGGAGUACAUAACCUGCACUCUGGCGUACUCUCGAUGUUGCCUCAACCCUAUCCUGUACGCUCUGGUAGGCGUGCGCUUCCGUAAUGAUGUGGUGAGGCUCAUGUACGAUUCAGGAUGCCAGUGGAGGGUCCGGUCAGCGCCACAGUCAGUGAUCUCCAACUCCAUGUCCCCCACCUCCCCUGCUCUCACUGUGUUCUCAGCUUGCUCACCAGCAUCCCCGAAAGCAGCAGCUCCAUGUCUACCAACAAAUUUCAGUUUCCGGGAACCAAAUAAUACUUAAUGAUGUGGACCUUAUUUGUUACAUUCCAUUUUUAAAUCUUUAUUUUCUGUUUAAGUAUACAUCAUGUGUUAUUAUUUGGAAGAAAUUAACUGAAUAAUUAGAAGGGGUUGCAAAGGUGUGCAUUUCAUCAUCAACGAUUGUAUGAAAUACAAGUGUCGAAACCAAGGCUCCAACUUAAUUGUUUACCUGGGAGAGGAAAACAUAGCAGGAUGGAAGGUGACCCAAAGUCUCCCAGGACGGACAGACGUGCAAUAGAUGCCGUGUGACAAUAAAUACAUUUUUAAAAAAUAAUCGGUGGAAGCCGUAGUGUGUGUUGGAGGAAGGGCUCUGUAAGGAAGUGGCAGAUUUUUACGGUUGUGUAUUUUCAAAUUCUAGCGCACUCGAGCUGGUUUCUCCAAAAUGACAUACCCCACCUUUAAGUUUGAUCCCUGGUCGAAACAGUAUAGUACUUCCACUGUAUAAUACACUUGUAAAUGCUAUACUUGGACAGACUUGUUUGUAUUAAUGUAGUUCGCUCUUUCAUGUUUUUAAAUGUAAUUUGUUAAUAAAACUGUUUUCAGUAUCAUGGUAUUGCUGGAAUU